AUGUCCCUCCGCACCCUCCUCCUCGCUGCAUCCACCCUCUCCGCCACAACAUCAGCCGCAGCAGUAACAGCAAGCAAGCACCGUCUUCAUGCGCGCGACUGGAUCGCCAGCGAUGAAAUCGUCGGCUUCAACCAGACCGUUCCGGACAAUUCCACCGGCGACCUCUACCUCGCCUACCAGCCCUACCUGAAGGUCGUGAACGGAUGCGUCCCGUUCCCCGGCGUUGACGCCGAAGGCGAUACCGAUGCCGGCCUAGCCCCCACCGGCUCCAGCGACGGCGACUGCAGCUCCAACACAGGCCAAAUCUACGUGCGCAGUAACAUCUCCUCCUCCAGCACGACCAGUGAAUACCCAACAGCAUUGCUAUACAGCUGGUACAUGCCCAAAGAUGAGCCCAGCGACGGCCUGGGCCACCGCCACGACUGGGAGGGUGUAAUCAUCUACCUCUCUGAUUCUACUACCGUCUCCGCGGAUAAUAUCCUGGCUGUGUGUCCGUCUGCGCAUGGCGGGUGGGAUUGCUCCACGGAUGGGUAUACGCUUGAUGGUACGAAGGCGCUGAUUAAGUAUGAGAGUAUCUGGCCGUUGGAUCAUAGUUGUGGGUUGACGGAUGUGGUGGGUGGGACGCAGCCGCUUGUUGCCUGGGAGAGCUUGACUACGGCGGCGAGGGAUGCCUUGCAAACGGCGGAUUUCGAUAAGGCCAUUGUGCCGUUUAAGGAUAGUACUUUUGAUGAGAAUUUGGCGAAGGCUACUUAUUGA